GCUCUGUGGCGGUGUACAUGUUGCUCUCUAUGCCCAGAUAAGCCUAGCAAGGAUAGGAGGAGGUCGCUCUGGGAGACCUUGCAAACAAAGCUGGAAACGAGAAUCCACACGGAGCCCCAGACCAAAAGGUGAAGCCAAAGAGUCUGAUGUUGAACACACGUACUUGGAUUGCUAGGUGCAUGUAUAGGAUGUGUCCAAUCCUUCGAAAGAAUUGGAUCUAAUCAUGACUUGCUAGAAGGCCCCUGCCACAGUCUGCCUCUGCAUGAAGCAAGAGGCUGACCAAAUGGCACACAGGAAAAAACCAAAGGACUCUCGAACUGCAGAUGUGGCAGCCAUUGUCUCGCACAGAUUACUGUCUUGGCGCUGGCUAUGCCGUUUGUCCAGCCCAUUCCUGCAACUCCUUGUCUUGAGUGUCGUGACAUUUGGUGUGAUUGCUCCCUUCACUUGCCAAGACCUCCUGCAUUCUUAUUUCUACUUGCGUGGUUGGUACCUGAACUCAAUGACCCCGUUUUUAAAGCAGAACCAAGAGGAGGGUUUGAGUGCUCUCCGUUACUUUGAGCGACUGCAGAAUACAUCAGAGAAGAUGACCAAAGAGGCCUUGCAGCCAUGGUUGCUGAUUACCAUCAUUACUGUUCAAAGGAGCCCGGAACUCCACUAUGUCCUUCAAGUAGCAGCUCACUUCCACCGUCUGCUCCACGAAUGUGGCCCUUCUUGCCAGCACCAUCAGCUCUUACUCUGCAAUGUGGAAACAGAUCCCAGCAACCACCAGGAUGCUAAGCUGCUUGCCACUUUCUUUCCUGUGGUGAACCGCUUCAGUGGUCAGGAAAAUUUGGAUCUCUUUCCAAACCAAUUUGAGAAGGAGAAGCAAGAUUACACCUAUUGCCUUGAGAAAUCUCUUCAGCUGUAUAGACCAGAAUACGUCCUGUUGGUGGAAGAUGAUACCCUCCCAGAAGAGGAGUUCUUUCCAGUCCUCCAUCACUUGUUACAGACACGAUUCUCAAAGCCCCACCUCCGAGAUGCUCUCUAUAUCAAACUGUACCAUCCAGAGAGACUUCAACAUUACAUCAAUCCAGAACCCAUGAGGAUCCUGGAAUGGCUCGGAUUAGGCAUGUUUUCAGGAUCCUUCUUGGGCUUUGUCUACUCCUGGGCAUCCAGCCGCUCCAGCCUUAGUUGGUCCAUUGUGUUGUUUUUCGCCCUGUACAGCAUGCUGCUAGUAGAGCUGGUUGGGCGCCACUAUCUCUUGGAGCUUCGACGCAUAGCGCCAUCCUUCUACAACAUUAUGCCUGUGACUGAAUGCUGCACUCCGGCCAUGGUGUUCUCUGCUUCUUCAGCACACCGUGCAUUGGGUUACAUGAAAGAUGUUCAAUGUCACCUAGGUUUUGCCAAAGAUAUUGCUCUUUAUUCAAUGCUUCGUAUCAAGGGCGAGCAUGCAUUUGUGGUUGAGCCCAAUCUGGUGAGACAUGUGGGGUUGUUUUCCUCUGUCAGGAUCAAUGAAAAGCCAGAACUGCUUUGACUUUUCCAUAUUUCCUAAGGACUGAAACAGAUGAGCAAAAGCUCAACCCAAGAUAUUUACCGAGCUUUGCUGAGCUAAAUCAUCUCCAGUUGCAAGCCGGGGAUUGAAUCAAAUCAAUUGAUUACAGUCACUGAUGUUCUCUAGAAGUAAGCUUGGAAUUCAGUUUAGCAUUCUAUGUUAAAAAAAAAAGUAUGUAAUAGCUCUAAAUCAGCCUUCCACACAAUGCCCUUCCAAUGUGAAGUAGCAAUUCCAAAAAUUCCAGCCAAUGUGACUGGUAGUAGUUUUGGCUUAUGAAUUCUAGGUUGUGAAAGCUAGCUGUGAUUUAUAGCUUACAGAUAAUGAACAAGAGUUCUUCAGUUUGGUAGAAAUACCAGAGAUGGUGCUUUAACUCUUCUGCAUCAGCAUAAAUUAUUUUAAAUAGUUCUUUUCCAUAAUCAUGAGCAUUCACUGAAAAGAGAAACUAUUUUUUAAUUGCUUUAGUCUAUUUUUCCUGAGCUGAUGCAUUUGAGAUAUGUUGGCUGCAAAAUUACCAACACUACCCCUCGGUCUUCUGGAGCUCAAGUCCUAAAAGAUCAAAAACAUGCCAACUUGGGAAAGACUGGUCUACAUUCAAAACAAAUGAUCAUAUUCAGUGACGUGUUAGGACUGUCUUAAUGUUUACUUCUUUCUGUUUCGAAUCUUUCAUUUCUGUCACUUUUAAGUAUGCUUUUGUGCAUACUUCCUGAAUAUAUCUUCAAGAGCCCUUGCAAAUGGCAAACUCUCCUUGCAUGUAGAAACUUUUAAGUUAACAAGGUAAGAUCACUCAAUUUGAAGUGGCUAAAAUGUUGGAGAUAGCUGAAUUGUGCAACAUCCUAAUCUGAAGUUUAUGUCAGAGUUGCCACGGCUAAGAAAAUGAAAAAGGCCAUUAGAUUCAAUGAAAAAUCUAAUGAUGCUAAUAUUAUGGACAAGCCAUAUCUGCAGAAGGUUUGAUUGUGCUAAAAGUGUGGCUCUUCCUUUGCCCUAUCUAUUCUUGUCCCUAUAUUAAUUACCUGGCUGGUGUAUCUUAUACCAAAUGCUCAAAUCACUCCAUUAACAAAUUUUUGGAAUCCGCUGAUCACCAGAAAAAUCUCAUACUCAAACCCUCCAUCUACGAUUUAGAACUGGACUGUCAAUCACCAACUAAUUUUUCUCUUACUAGUUCUUACCAUUUCUUUUCCAUUUUGUUCCCCCAAGACAGGAAACCCUGGAAAUAUUUUCUACAACUGCCAAUCCAAUCUCUUGUUUUCUUUUGAAAUGUACUGAUGGUACUGUUUAAAAAUCUAAUGCGCACCAUUCAAAACCAUCCUAAAGGAAAUGUAACGUUCUCAUUUUUCUUCAUUUCCUCUGCAUUUGCUACCUCACAUAUAACACUAUUGUUCUUUAUUUAAAAAAAAUACAAGUGCCUUACUUAGAUGAUACAUUAACAAUUUUAUAGAGAAGCUUUUCUUCCUCGUCCUCUAACUCUGGGAACCUGUGAGAAGAAGCAUGGCUUUUUCCACCUUACCUGGAAAAAAAAACUUGAACAAGAAAUGUAUUUUUCUUUCCAUGAGAAUUCAAUUGAAAUGAAUUAAAGAAUAAAUGCACCAUCGUCCAUA